CCACUCAAAGAAGGGAAGUACAGAACCUUCUUGAGAUACUCUUGUGAGGUCGAAGGUGCCAGCGGUUCUAUCAAAGCAGGAGUCCCUUUGUGAAACUCACAAGCACCUGUGAACUCAAGGCGUUCUUACUAUUACUUACUUGCAGAGAGAGGCUGUGUUAUUGUCUCUCAUAGUUUCUUUGCGUUACAUCACUCUGUUACAUCACUCUAUCUGUUUGUACAGUAUUACUUACUUCUAUAAUAGCUAGUUCAGUAUUCCCAUGACACUCCCCAUUGUUGCCGCGAGCAGCGAUGAUUCUUUGGACGAAUCGACGCUGACUCCGUUUUCCACGGGCGUGGGUUCCUCUUGGUUGGACCUUAAUGCUACUACGAAUACGAAUGGAGCGCAUGGCUUGGACGACAUGAAGUUUGUCUCGAUGGCUUCUUCGGCAGUGGAAACGACCAGUUUUAGCAAUGAAGAAGCAGCAGCAGAAGGAGAUCCCAAACUGCACGCCAAUACUGCACAGAAUCGAUCCUCUACUGUGACACAACGAACCGAAUUGGAAGCAUUGUCCUUGAAUGUGGAAAAGACGACGAAACGAACGCGAUUCUUGGCAUUGUUGGUGGUCCUCAUUGGAGCCGCUGCAGCGGCGGCUUUUUUGGCAUUGGGCAUUACAUCCGCCAAUCAAGAUGCAUCGGAUUUGUUUCUGGGACGAGCCCGGACCAUUGGCGUGGAAAUUGGCACCAGUUGGAGGGAUUACGAAACGGCCGCCUUGUGGAUUCAGGAAUCCUGUCGCGAUUGGAGACACACCAAUUAUACACGAGACGAUUUUGCACUCCUCUACGAGUUUAUUCGACGCAUGCCAUUGGACUUUUACGGCAUGGAAUGGGUCCCCAAUAUUACGCACGAUGAACGAGCUAGUUUUGAACAGGAAGGCAAACGGGGAUGGAAACUGGAGGAACCACCCCAACAACCUACCGGGCAACAUCUAUUAUGGCACGAAGAAGACGAACAGCAGCAAGAAGAUGGAUAUACUGGAUUCAUGGGACAGGAACCGGAUCCGGACAAUCCAGGAGAGCUAAUGUACACGGAACGUUCCGAACAACCAUUCUAUUUCCCAAUUCACUUCGCAGAACCCAUGGAAGAUCACAUCAACGUGGCUCAUUACGACUUGUACUCGGCGCCCUGGGAACGAUCCGCCAUUGACAAGGCACUCCAGACAGGACAACCAGCACUCACGGAACGAUUCGAAUUGCAAGGACAGGAAGCUGGGUCGGGAUACAGCGUCGUAUUCUAUCAUCCUGGACCCACACUCGACAAUACCAAGUUUGAAACCAAACCCAAAGAUCUUGCCCUCAUGGUCAUUCACAUUCAAUCACUCUUGCAACGAAUGGCACGUCGUACCAACAAACAAGAAUACGCCAAAGUAUACCUCUACGACAAAACCAAUCCACACAAAGAUCCUGCCUUUUUGUCCGCACUCGAAAUUCUAGGAGACGACGACGACGACGAAACAACACAGCAAAGCAACACACGACCCCUCCCGGAACGACCCUUUGCCGAAUUGGCGCAAAGUCACAGCGACAAGUUUUACUUUGAACAAGACUUUCCCGUGGGAGGCCGGACGUGGGUUACGGUCGUUGUCCCCGUCGAUGGUACCACGGGGUCCCAAUCGGGAUCGAUUAUUCUCAGUGGAGUCUUGAUGUUUGUGGCAUCCCUCUUGUUGGCGGCAUGGAUGAUCCACAACAUGCAACAAUCCAUUCGUAUUCAUCGAGUCAUGACCAAGGCCGCCGCAGAGGCCACCAUUGUGUCGGAAAUGUUCCCUGCCAAUGUUUGUCGUAGACUGAUUCAAGAAGCCGAAGACAAGAAUCAGAGUGCCUUUUUUGGUGGAUCGGAUAUUCGUAUGGCUAUUAGUAGCAUGCCAGAACCACAACAGACAAACAACAACAACAACAACUCACCCACGGAACCCACCGAGACAUCUUCGGAACCCAAUCCGACGGAUCUUAUAUUUGGAGGCACCAAACCGAUUGCGGAUCUGCAUCCCUAUACCACAGUCAUGUAUGCCAACCUGUGCGGAUUCACAGCGUGGGCUUCUACUCGUACUCCAUCGCAGGUAUUCCUCCUACUGGAAGUCGUGUACCAUGGGUUUGACUCUCUUGCUAAGAAACAUGGUGUUUAUAAAGUUGAGACUGUGGGUGAUCAUUACAUUGCUGCUGCUGGUCUUCCAAAGCCUCGAAAGAAUCACGCCGUUGCGGUUGCAAAAUUCGCAACUGAGUGCUUGUACAAAGUCCAAAAGUGUGUCAAGACUCUCGAAACGACCUUGGGUCCAGAAACGGGAGAGUUAGGAUGUAAAUUUGGGAUCCACAGUGGGCAAGUGGUUGGUGGCGUUCUCAGAGGCGAAAAAGGUCGCUUUCAGUUGUUUGGGGACACAGUCAUCAAGGCAUCGGUGAUGGAAUCGAGAGGGGUCCGAAAUAAAAUUCAGGUAUCCGCGGAGACAGCGGAGUUGCUAGAAAAAGCAGGCCGCAAGAACUGGCUGAUCCAGAGAGAAGAUUCCAUUCUGUUGAAUGGAAAGUCAAUACCUAGCUUCUUUCUUCACAUUACUCGAGGGCUCCGAAAUAAUGAUCCGGUGCUUGGACAUUUGCCACGAACAAUUCACGUUGACGACAAACCUUCCAGGCUUGUUGAAUGGAACGUUGCAGUCUUGAGCGGCUUUCUGAAGAGCAUCAUAGCACGACGGAACUUGGCAUCUAAACGGGAAGCGGCGAUUGAAGGUGAAGGCACAAAAUCGAAGGUUAGAUGGCAAUCAUCUCCUUCUGGGAAGAUGGUGCUGGAUGAGGUGAAAGAUGUAAUCACGUUUCCUCGCUUCAACGCAAGCGCUUCGAGGAAGCAAGUCGACACCGGCGACAUUGAAUUGGAUAAAGCGGUGACGGAACAACUUCAGACUUUGGUCACGAUGAUUGCUGGGAUGUACAGAGAUAACCCCUUCCACAGCUUCGAACACGCAAGCCAUUGCGCGUUGAGUGUUACGAAAAUGAUGGAACGAAUAGUGAAUCCGCGAGACGUCGAAGCCCGAAAGCAGACACGACGCUUCAGUAGUGAUUACAAGCUGGAAGCAGCCUUGCACGACCACACCUUUGGGAUCACCAGUGAUCCUCUUACCCAGUUCGCAUGUGUGUUUUCUGCCUUGUGUCUUGACCUAGACCAUCCUGGAGUCCCCAAUUCAGUGCUGGCUGAAGAAAAGACGAUUAUGGCUCGGAAGUACAAUGGCAAGAGUAUUGCAGAACAAAACAGCCUCGAUUUGGCCUGGGAUCUUCUUACGAAGCCUGCGUACGAACAACUUCGUGACUGUCUCUGCAGUGACGACGAGGAAAUGAGACGUUUCAGGUCUCUAGUUGUCAAUUCUGUAAUGGCAACUGACAUUAGUGAUAAAGAACUGGGCGCUGCUAGAGCUUAUCGUUGGCACCGAGCCUUCGGUGAUGAGGACGACUGGGCCGGUCAACAAGAGGGGCAGCAAGUCAAGGUAAACCGAAAGGCAACGAUUGUUGUCGAGUACAUGAUUCAAGCCAGUGACGUUGCACAUACAAUGCAGCAUUGGCAUGUUUACCAAAAGUGGAAUGAACGUCGCUUCCACGAGGCUUACAAAGCCUAUAUGGAAGGAAGGAUCAAACAGGAUCCAACCUACAUCUGGUACGAUGGUGAGCUUGAGGUCUUCGACAUGUACGUGAUUCCUUUAGCAAAAAACCUCUUUACGUGUGGCGUAUUUGGAUUGUCAAGCGACGAAUUCUUGAACUACGCCCUGAACAAUCGUAAGGAUUGGGUUGCCAACGGCGAACAAGCAAUUCAAAAGUACCUCGAGACGUACGAAGAACGCUACGGAAUCUGAGAAGGAGGCGGCACAUCAUUUUGUAGAAUUUGACCUCAGCCUUUAUACUUGGCCUUUUGCUGGGAUGCAUCGUGUUGGUUGCUGCAUUUUUGGUUCGUCUACACGAUGACGACCGGCUUGGACGCUUAUCGGUCUCGUAAUCGAGUCCAGUUUUGCGAGCGACAAAAGCCCAGUUGUUUCAGUUUUGUCAUACUGAAUAUAUAAUAUUGUAGCUUUACUUACAUGAAGAAACUUGCAACUAUGUAACUCUGAUACUA